CCCCGAGCCGCCAUGGCGGCGGUGCCGGGCGGUCGCCGCUCCGGCCUUGCAGCGGGAGCCCGCUUCUUCUGCACCGCGGGCCGCGGCCUGGAGCCCUUCCUGAUGCGGGAGGUGCGGUCGCGGCUGGCGGCCACGCAGGUUGAAUAUAUUUCAGGGAAAGUUUUUUUCACCACCUGUUCUGACUUGAAUAUGCUGAAAAAAUUAAAAUCUGCAGAAAGGUUAUUUUUGCUGAUUAAAAAGCAGCUUCCGUUUAAUGUUUCUUCUGUAAGUAAAGGAAAAAUAUUUAAUGAAAUGCAGAGACUUACAAAUGAUGAUCCUGAAAGUUGGUUGAAUGCCAUUUCAAUUUGGAAAAAUCUUCUUGAACUUGAUGCAAAAAAGGUAAAACUUUCUCAAAAAAAUGCUAACCCACUAAAAAGAAAAGUGGGAGAAAAUGACAUCAUUGCUAAGAAAUUGAAAACAGAACGAAUGCAAGAGAUACAAGAGAAAAAGGAAUGCCAACUGGAAAAACAAAUAGAAGAAGAAACACUGGAGCAAGGAAAUUUUACCACUAAAAGAGACAAAUCUCAAGAAGAACUUCAGAACGGUGGAGCAGAAGCAGUUGAUACUCAUAACCAGAACGACUUAACUUUCAGAGUUUCCUGUCGCUGCAGUGGAGCCAUUGCAAAGACCUUUACUGCACAGGAGGUAGGAAGAGUAAUUGGAAUUGCUCUCAUGAAACAGUUUGGAUGGAAAGCAGAUUUGAGGAAUCCAAAUUUAGAGAUCUUUAUACAUCUAAGUGACAUUUACUCUGUGGUGGGAAUUCCUGUGUUCAGGGUUCCUUUAGCCAGCAGAGCUUACAUCAAGACAGCAGGACUGAGAUCUACCGUAGCGUGGGCAAUGGCCUCUCUCGCAGAAAUUAAGGCUGGUGCAGUUGUUUUAGAUCCAAUGUGUGGACUUGGAACAAUACUUUUGGAAGCUGCUAAAGAAUGGCCAGAUGUGUAUUACGUGGGUGCUGAUGUCAGUGACUCACAGUUACUAGGUGCAUGUGACAAUCUGAAAGCUGCAGGCCUUAAGGAUAAAAUUGAGUUACUUAAAGUCUCUGUGAUAGGUCAGUCUCCCAAGGCAAUAGAAAUAAAAACAGUAACAAAUGGGACCUAAUCAAACUUACAAGUUUUUGAACAGCAAAGGAAACCAUAAAAAAAAAAAAAAAGGCAAAAAGACAACCUACGGAAUGGAGAAGAUAUUUGCGAAUGAUGCAUCUGACAAGGGCUUAAUCUCCAAAAUAUACAAACAGCUCAUACAACUCAACAACAAAAAAACAACCCAAUCAAAAAAGUGGGCAGAAGACCUUAAUAGACAUUUCUCCAGAGAAGACAUACAGACGGCCAGGAGGCACAUGAAAAGGUGCCCAACAUCACUAAUUAUUAGAGAAAUGCAAAUCAAAACUACAAUGAGGUACCACCCCACACUGGUCAGAAUGGCCAUCAUUAAAAAGUCUGCAAACAAGUGCUGGAGAAGAUGUGGAGAAAAGGGAACCCUCCUACACUCUUGGUGGGAAUGUAACUUGGUACAGCAACCAUGGAAAACAGUAUGGAGGGUCCUCAGAAAACUAAAAAUAGAAUUACCAUGUGAUCCAGCAAUCCCACUCCUGGACAUAUACUUGGACAAAAGUAUAAUUCAAAGAGAUACAUGCACCCCUAUGUUCAUAGCACUAUUCACAAUAGCCAAAACAUGAAGACAACCUAAAUGUCCAACGACAGAUGAAUGGCUAAAGAUGUGGUACAUGUAUAUACAAUGGAAUACUUCUCAGCUGUAAAAAAAAGAAUGAAAUAAUGCCAUUUGCAGCAACAUGGAUGCAACUAGAGAUUACCAUACUAAGUAAAGUAAGUCACAAAGAGAAAGACAGGGACUUCCCUGGUGGUGCAGUGGUUAAGAAUCCGCCUGCCAAUGCAGGGGACAUGGGUUCAAGGCCUGGUCCAGGAAGAUCCCACAUGCCAUGGAGCAACUAAGCCUGUGCACCACAACUACUGAGCCUGCACUCUAGAGCCCACAGGCCACAACUACUGAAGCCCGCGCACCUAGAGCCUGUGCUCCGCAACAAGAGAAGCAACCACAAUGAGAAGCCCACGCACCACAACGAAGAGUAGCCCUCACUUGCUGCAAUUAGAGAAAGCCCACGCUCAGCAACAAAGACCCAAUGCAGCCAAAAGUAAAAUAAAUAUAUUUUUUUACAAAGAAAAAUACCAUAUGAUAUCACUUAUAUGUGGAAUUUAAAAUAUGGCACAAAUGAACCUAUCUACAAAACAGAAACAGACUCACAGACAUAGAGAUCAGACUUGUGGUUGCCAAGGGGGAGGCGGGAGGGAGCGGGAUGGACUGGGAGUUUGGGGUUGGUAGAUGCAAACUAUUACAUUUAGAAUGGAUAAACAACAAGGUCCUACUGUAUAGCACGAGGAACUAUAUCCAAUCUCCUGGGAUAAACCAUAAUGGAAAAGAACAUAAAAAAAUGUAUAUAUGUGUAUAACAGUUAUUUUGCUGUACAGUGAGAUUGGCACAAUAUUGUAAAUCAACUAUACUUAAAUGUUUUAAAAAAUGUUGAAGCCUUUGAAGAAUUACUUUGUAAAUCAGCCAGGGUAUCUUAUAAUUGUGCUAUAAACUUUUUAAAAUAAACAAGUUGCCUAAUUGCAGUUGCAUUUUUUUCAAAAUUCAUUGGAAAUCUGUAAUCAAAGAAUUCAACAAAUGGAGUGCCAAAAACCUUAAGUUUUUGAAAGUUUUGAUGAAUCACAGUUAUUAAAAACAAAACUGGCAACAGGACAUUAAAAUCUGUCCCUACAAACACCAAGGAAGAAAUUAACAAAUUAAAACAGUGAGAGCUCAAUUAUGCACAGUAUUUAUUCUGAAAUUUGUAAAUAUACCUUGGGUAUAUUAUAGGAAGAAUCUUCUAAUGGCUUCCUUAAUUUUAAUUGGAUAAAUGUAUAUUCUAGAAUGGAAUGGAAUGAAAUUGAGAAGGCUUAGAUUUUACAGCCUCUAUAUUUGGCAUAACAAUUAAAAGAAUAAUAGAGACAACUUGUUUGCGUUUUGUGUUGUGAAAAUAUUUGUCAAAGGCACUCUGAAUGGAGAGACUGUGAACCAGAGGGCUGAGAUAUUUACACUUUCCCUAUGAAAAAAAAUAGAAUUGAGAGUCUCCUCCAUUUAGCAGAAUUUACUCUGAGCUCUACCAUACUAUCGACCAUAAAAAUGAAACUUUGAAGAAUGUUGCAGGCAACUGUAUGAAAAAUUUUAGAAGUCCAUAUUUUAAAAAAAGAUACUACCUUCUUCUGAAAAAUGCCAGUGAUGACAUGGUAUUAGAGCUGAUGCAUCUAAGAA